UGAGUUGUUGUUCAUAUGUGUGAUUUAAAACGGACAAUACCGCUGGCUGGAAGUAGAAACUCGGGUUUGUGUCCUCUGUCGUAUGCGGCGCUUAAUGCAACACGAUACAGGAAAUACAAAAUGGAGGGCUGAUGGUUUUUCGGAAAGUCGAAGACGCGAAAGGCAGGUGUGAUCUAUCACGUCUUAGGGUGACCACAUUUAAAAUGCCCAAAUGCGGGACAUUCCGUAGGACAGUGUAGCCUAGAUACAGAUAUAUAUAUAUUUUGUGUGCAGCACCCCUCCCCCCUCCAAAACACAGCCCCUACUCGUGGUGGAACUCAAGAGAAAGAGGUGAAGCGAGAUGUUUCUCCACAGCUAGAAGAACGAGACAGAUAUUUCACCGGAUGUAAUUUGAAGUUGUAUAAAUGUGAAGCUUCCGCUUGGCGUUUUUUCACUCUUACCAAAUAUGGUAGUGAGAGGAAGCCCAGUGACCCCGCAGUGGGAGAAGAAGGAACCAGGUGGAUUUGGGCUGAUAUUCUGCACAUUUUGGCAUCGAUGAAACAUUUCAUCUCAACACAGUUUUCUGUUACGAACAGACUACAUUUUGUAGACGUUUUUUUAAAAACCUUUUGUCAAAGGUUUAAAUGUUUGAUUGUUUGAGUGUUUAAGGUGAUUUGAGUUAUUGCACCUCAGAGUAUGCGUUCCCUAACGGGGAAUGAGCUGGAAUGAGCCAAUAGGAUCUCUAGCUUGUUCUGCCCACAAUGACUAAUAUGUUUCCAUUUGAAACGUCAGGCAGUGGGAUAUCUGGUUAUGCUAUUCAAUUUGGAUCUGUAAUGUUGAAAUGUUACUCAUUUUAGCAUUAUGUGAUCUUCCAAGACAUUUAUUCAGCUUUGAUCUAACUUUAUGGGACUCCCAAUCACAACAAGGUUGUGAUUACAGCCCAGGAUUCGAACCAGGGUCUGUAGUGACUCCUCUAGCACUGAGACGCUGUGCCUUUGACAGCUGCACCUCUCGGGAUCCCAGUGAUCACCCUUAUCACAGCCUAACCAAAAACCAAUCUUCCGCUUUUCUGUGAAAUCUGUAUGAUUUUUUAACAUGCAUUACAAAACUUCCUUUUGGAUGGGCGACUGGCUGUUGUGAGCACAUGAUUGUUUGGCUAGCAAUGCUAGCUAGCUAAUAGUUUGCAGCCUGUAAAUUGUGGCACUAGCUACUACAUUUCUGAUAGCUAGCUAAUAGUUUACAGCCUGUAAAUUGUGGCACUAGCUACUACAUUUCUGUUAGCUAGCUAAUAGUUUACAGCCUGUAAAUUGUGGCACUAGCUACUACAUUUCUGUUAGCUAGCUAAUAGUUUACAGCCUGUAAAGUUUGGGACUAGCUACUACAUUUCUGUUAGCUAGCUAGCUAAUAGUUUUCAGCCUGUAAAGUGUGGGACUAGCCACUACAUUUCUGUUAGCUAGCUAGCUAAUAGUUUGCAGCCUGUAAAGUGUGGGACUAGCCACUACAUUUCUGUUAGCUAGCUAGCUAAUAGUUUGCAGCCUGUAAAGUGUGGGACUAGCUACUACAUUUCUGUUAGCUAGCUAAUAGUUUACAUAUGUCAGAGUUUUCAAAUUAUUUGGGAAUUUGUAUUGAUGUCCUCUCUAAGUUGUGAGUUGUAACAGGAGCUAAUCAGCCAUCUGGCUCGGUGGUUAGCUCCUUGCACCUUGUGGUGUGCACAUGACCAAUGAACGAGCAGAUGCUGUUUAGGUCAAACGAGGACACUGCCCCCCCCCAACGUUGAAUUGCAUUGAAUUCAACAUCGGGCAUAAAUGAGCGUUUUGUAUCAGGAAAGUUACCUCACACGACCUCUACAAGCCAUAAUUCAGAAUGAAAUGUACUUUACCGGUUGUCUGUGCUGUCGGGUGAUAUGACCAGCACUUUGAAAAGGUUGAUGCAUAUAUGGAUUUCCUGUAUCAUCGUCUUGAAAACUUGACAUUCCUACCUGCAACAACAACAAAAAAAUGUUGAUCAACCGCGUGGACAACCGGUGAAGCAAGUUUCGACAUUCUGCCGUGUAGAAGUCACAUGAGGAAACUUUCCUGAUCCAAAUUCAAAAUCUGUCGUUCUGCCCCUGAACAGGCAGUUAACCCACUGUUCCCAGGCCGUCAUUGAAAAUAAGAAUUUGUUCUUAACUGACUUGCCUGGUUAAAUAAGGGUAAAUACAUUAAAAACAAGUCAGCCAGUCCAAACACUGUUUUUUUCCCCCCUAAGAACAUUAAUCUUUUAGCUCCACGUUUGUUUGUUUUUUUGCCUUUUUAUAUUUAUUAGACAAUUCAAUGUUUGUCCCCGUGGUAACAUGGCAUUAGUCCCCGUCCCCGUGGUAACAUGGCAUUAGUCCCCGUCCCGUGGUAACAUGGCGUUAGUCCCCGUCCCCGUGGUAACAUGGCAUUAGUCCCCGUCCCCGUGGUAACAUGGCGUUAUUCCCCGUCCCCGUGGUAACAUGGCGUUAGUCCCCGUCCCCGUGGUAACAUGGCGUUAUUCCCCGUCCCCGUGGUAACAUGGCGUUAUUCCCCGUCCCCGUGGUAACAUGGCGUUAUUCCCCGUCCCCGUGGUAACAUGGCGUUAUUCCCCGUCGUAACAUGGUGUUAUUCCCCGUCCCCGUGGUAACAUGGCGUUAGUCCCCAUCCCCGUGGUAAGAUGGCGUUAUUCCCCGUCCCCGUGGUAACAUGGCGUUAUUCCCCGUCGUAACAUGGUGUUAUUCCCUGUCCCCGUGGUAACAUGGCGUUAUUCCCCGUCCCCGUGGUAACAUGGCGUUAUUCCCCGUCCCCGUGGUAACAUGGCGUUAUUCCCCGUCGUAACAUGGUGUUAUUCCCUGUCCCCGUGGUAACAUGGCGUUAUUCCCCGUCACCGUGGUAACAUGGCGUUAUUCCCCGUCCCCGUGGUAACAUGGCGUUAUUCCCAGUCCCCGUGGUAACAUGGCGUUAGUCCCCAUCCCCGUGGUAACAUGGCGUUAGUCCCCAUCCCCGUGGUAACAUGGCGUUAGUCCCCAUCCCCGUGGUAACAUGGCGUUAGUCCCCAUCCCCGUGGUAACAUGGCGUUAGUCCCCGUCCCCGUGGUAACAUGGCGUUAUUCCCCGUCCCUGUGGUAACAUGGCGUUAGUCCCCAUCCCCGUGGUAACAUGGCGUUAGUCCCCGUCCCCGUGGUAACCUCGCAGACAAUCCAUUUAGACCAGGUGUUUGAAAUGUUUGCUCUUUCCCAGCUAUUAAAAGGCGGCUAUUUAAGAGAUCUAUUUCAGAGAUCUAUUUAAAGAGAUCUAUUUAAGAGACUGCGUUUCGUUGGAAGUUGGACGGAGUGUAUUUCCCACCAUUUUAAUAUGUUGCUGUUAUAGAAGUUGUUGGUUUCAUUGCUUGAUGAUGAUGAUGACGAUAAUAAUAAAAUGUUUGCUGCUGAAAUAUUUAGGUUUUCCAUCAGGUCUUAUAAGGCCUUGUUCCACUCGUGAUCACUGCAACGUUCUAGAAUAAUGUAUUGACAUUAAUGCUAAAAACAUUCUUAGGUUGACCUUUUUUUUUACAUUGUUAUGCCAGUAUUGGACUUGUUUUUGGUUUUGUCAAAUGCAGUAGUUUGGGGCACGUGGUCAACUCUGUUAUCAGUUGAUCUCUCUGUGUUUAAUCACACGUGAAAACUCUACAGCCUUCCUAUCAGUGUAGAAUAUCUUUCAUGUCUCAACGCUUUGCACCAUGACGUUAACCACUUUGAAAAUAAACACGCUGUUAAGAAUAUUAUCUCGUCAAUAUUAUCGGAAAGUGUAUUAGUGUUUCUUAGAGACAUGAAUUGGUUUAGUUGACUCUCAAGUGCAGUGUUCUGUUUGGUUAUACGACUUUCAGAUCGUUGUCUUGGAAAGUUCCGUUACAACGAACCCUGACACCGUUUAUUGAUUUAUGCAUCCACGUAACCUUUCACAUUUUGAUUCAGUCUUCAUUCGAUAAUCAAUAGCUUCCACUUAACCCUACUAAAUCUGAUCUUUAGCGAAACUAGUUAAGCCCCGUUUCAUUACUGAAUAAACUAUUUCCCUUGGCAGUCUAUUAUCUUGAAAGUAUGACUGUAAACCUUUUGUUAAAAAAAGCUGCUUGCAAUCUUGCAAAUUUCACUAAAGCAGUGCAUGGAGUUUGUAAAAUAAUGUUGUAUGUUUUUCACGAUGACUACUUCUCCCCCUCCUGUCUGUUCCCUGUUUGCUUGCUGUUUUUCUUUCCUCCAGUGAAGAUGCAGGAACUGUCUUCUUCUGCUCUGACCUAACCAACAGAACCCUGAUGAUGUUCUAGAAGCUGUUCUAGAACAGUUUGACACACAACUGAUGUGAAAAGUGUUUCAGUGUGAAAUAGACUUGAAACUGACCAAACCGAUCAAUCGCAGAAAUCCAGUCUGCUUUCCAGUUUGAUUACUACUGUCCAUAGACCUGUCCCAGGGCGAGCCAGAGAGAAGACCAACCAGUAACCCUCCUGUGUGUUUCUCCUCUCCAACUCUUUCAGCUUUGCGUUGCUAUUGGAUCGUUGCGCUGCGCCCCUUUCCAGCCCGCUGAAUCCGAUUGGAGGGCUGGGAGUUGGGAUCCCGCCCCUGCAGCUCCUCUUAGGCCACGCCUCCCUGCAGCUGGCCCAGCUCGAUACCGCUGCAACCACCACUUCUGCCGCCAACCCCCCCCACCACCCUACACUCGCCUCCUCUCGCCCCCAUCAACCUCCUCACAGCAGCAGCGACCGUCAAUAAUAUGUCCCGUCCCCUAUAUAACCCCUUAGGGGAUCAGUACUCUUCACAGGCCCAGAGAUCUGCCGCCCAGAUGGGGCAGUACGGACUCACACAAUCCCAGGCCGGAAGGGACCCUCUGGGGGCCUCCCGCCUUGGUCUGGGGUCUGGUGGUGGUGGUGGUUCCUCCGGCCAGGGAGGCAUGAUGUCCUCGAUGGUGGCCCAGCAGAUGGGGUAUGACCCGGGGCAGAGAUCGACCGGGAUGACCCCGGAGAUGGAGACCUCCAUAGACCACCACAUCCGCGGGGCCAGAGAGGAGGUGAGGCUGCUCAGCCAGUUGAUGCAGCAGAAUAAGAACCAGCAGGUCUCACUGGACGUCCAAGACCUUCGCCUAAGUCGUGACCCCAUGGACGAGCUCUCGUCUGGCGGAGGGCUGGGCGGUUACACCCCUGGCCGGACCUCCAGCGACCAGCAAACUUCCAUGGACCCCUGGUCUGGCUUCCUGACCCAGUCUGCUUCCUCCAAACUCUUCUCCUCCACCCUUCCUCAGUACCAAAGCCAAACCUCUGGGUUUGGAGGUGCGGGAGUGCUGGGAUCCACCUCCAGAGGUUCCGAGGCCCCCAUGAGCGCCUCGUCCGCAGCCUCUCGUCCAGCCCGGUACACGUCCGAGUCCGCCAGCAGCAUCCUGGCGAGUUUCGGGUUGUCCAACGAAGACCUGGAGCUCCUCAGCCACUACCCAGACGAUCAACUGACCCCAGACAACCUGCCCUUCAUCCUCAGAGACAUCCGCAUCCGUAAGGCCAAUAGAACUAUGGAUGUGGACCCUCGGCCCAAGGUAGGCGGUGGACCUGGCCCAGGGUCCGACCAUGGUGGUGGAGGACAGAGCAAAGUGAUCGAUUACGAACAUUCUCGUGCUACUAAAUACGACAGUUAUGAUGAUGGUGAUAAUAGCCAACCCGAUAAUUACAGCUCGCGUAAUCCGCUCCCGAAAGAGAAGCCAAAAUAUGACAUGGUCAGAGACUCGCUGAGCGGGUACGCCGGCCAUUCCAUGACCUCCGACCUUUCCAAGCAGCGUACCCAACAGCAACACAUCCACAGCCCUGCGGUCCAGAGCCCCAUCCCCAUGACAGACGCAGGCUCUCGCAUCGGCCUUCCUCCGCCUUCCAGCCAACCCCAGCAGACCCUCAAAACCCACGGAUCAUCCUCUAAAGCGACAUCCAAGCCCAUGAACAUCCCUGUCCGCAGCGGAGACCAAGGACUCAACCGACUCCUGGCGUCCCAGAAUCAAAGCAACGCUCGGGGCCACGCUCAGCCCCGGUCCGGCCUGGUGGUUCUUGGUGGUGGAGCUGGGGUCGGAAUUCCAGGACUCAGGGUUGGAGGUGUCCCGGUCGGGGUUCCUCCUCCCACGACACCCCCCAUUUGGCCUUCCAUAUUCCCCAUCAUGAACCCGUCAAUCCCACCUCCUGGUCAUGUCCCAGUGACUUUUCCUCCGCCCCGGAUUGGUCCGAUGCCUUCCAUGCACCAGCAGAUGAACCUACCUCCCCCGAUGAUGAUGAUGACGAAGAGGUUACCGACCCCGACCAUGAUGAGCGAUUACUCCGCAGCUUCUCCCAGAUUCUUUCCUCAUACCUGUUCUCUCUGUAACAUAGAAUGUGCCCAGCUAAAGAACUGGAUCGAGCAUCAAAACACCGGUCUCCACGUUGAGAAUUGCCGUCUACUCAGGAAAUCGUAUCCCGACUGGAACGUGGAAACUGUCGCUGUAUCAAGAAAUGAAAGCAGCCAGUUGUCCUCCAAGCGCCGUCGGACAACACGCUCCGCCUCCCGUUCUUCAUCCUGGUCUCGCUCUCCUUCUCCUCUUCGCCCCUUCUCCUACCACACCCCCUCCUCCUCUACUCGCCGACCUCGAUCCAGGGAACGAUCCCGCGAACGUCGACACAACACCACCACCCGGCGUUCCCGGUCUCCGGGUUCACUUCGGGGCAGGGAGAGAGAACGUGACCCUCCGGCCUCGUCGUCUUCCCACCGGGAUCAGGAACGUCGACCUCAGACAGCCUCUUCAUCCCGGAGGUCACGCUCUAGGAGCUAUGAGCGGGAGAGAGCGAGGGAACGUCGGGAGACGACGAGGAGGAGCAGCCUGCCGAAGUCUAACAGUGCUGAGAGACUGGCCAAGAAACUACUGGAGUCAUCUGCUGGCCUCUCCCUGACGGAGAACACCAGUCUAGAAGUUAUGAUGCAGUCCCUCGCCCCUGCCCUCCUGGCAGAGCUCGCCAAGAAGAAGGGAGCCGCCGCCUCCUCUUCCUCCUCGAAGGGAGGUGCCUCUCGGAAAACUGAAACGGGAAUAUCCAAGUCAGGAAGCAAGCUCGGAUCUGGAAGGUCAUCAACCAGGAAAUCGUCCUCUCCCUCCAAGUCAUCCAGCUCCACUUCUACCAAGGUGUGUAUUUUGUCUUCCAGACGUUUAAAUGAAACUGUUAAAACCUCUUGAGGCUAGGGGGAACUA